UCAUCAUAGAGAAUAUAAAUAUACACAUUAACAACAUACACUCACGUUCAUAUCCAUUGCUACCUCUAUUGUACUAUAGUUUUAUAUAGUAACCUUUAUUAAAAAAAAAAAAAAAACAUCAUGGGUCACCAACGACUUUUGUCCAAGAUUGCAACCAAUGACAAGCAUGGAGAGAACUCGCCAUAUUUUGAUGGGUGGAAAGCUUAUGAUAGAAACCCAUUUCACCCAACAAAUAAUCCUCAAGGUGUUAUCCAGAUGGGUCUUGCUGAAAAUCAGCUUUGCUUCGAUCUUAUUGAAGAGUGGAUAAGGAACAAUUCCAAAGCUUCCAUAUGUACUCCUGAAGGAGUGCACCUGUUUAGAGAUAUUGCUAACUUUCAAGACUAUCAUGGAUUGCCACAGUUCAGAAAAGGUGUGGCAAAUUUCAUGUCAAAAGCGAGGGGUGGUAGGGUCAAAUAUGAUCCUGAGCGUAUAUUGAUGAGUGGAGGAGCAACAGGUGCAAAUGAAUUAAUAAUGUUUUGUCUGGCUGAUCCUGCUGAUGCAUUCAUGGUUCCCACUCCUUAUUAUCCAGCAUUCGUGCGUGAUCUUGGUUGGAGAACUGGGGUGCAACUUGUUCCUGUUCAUUGUGAUAGUUCUAACAACUUCAAAAUAACAAGAGAAGCCCUUGAAGAAGCUUAUCGUGAAGCAAAACAAAACAACAUCAAUGUGAAAGGUUUGAUCAUAACAAACCCUUCCAACCCUUUGGGAACCACAUUGGACAAAGAAACCCUUAAAAGCCUUGUGAGGUUCAUCAAUGAGAAGAACAUUCACUUAGUUUGUGAUGAAAUUUAUGCCGCCACUGUUUUCACCACUCCAAGAUUUGUGAGUAUCUCUGAAGUCAUGCUAGAAAUGGAGUGCAAGAAAGAACUCAUUCACAUAAUCUAUAGUUUAUCAAAGGAUAUGGGGUUACCGGGUUUUAGGGUUGGCAUUGUUUAUUCCUACAAUGAUGAUGUUGUGAGUUGCGGCCGCAAAAUGUCAAGUUUCGGAUUAGUCUCUUCUCAGACUCAACAUUUUCUAGCAUCGUUACUUUCUGACGAGGAUUUUAUCGACAGAUAUUUAGAAAUUAGCAAAAGAAGGCUCGCGAAGCGUCAUAGUUUCUUCACGAAAGGGCUCGAAACGGUUAACAUUACUUGCUUGCCAAGCAAUUCAGGACUAUUUUGUUGGAUGAACUUGAGGAGGCUAUUGAAGGAGAAAACUUUUGAAGGUGAAAUGAAGCUUUGGCGUGUGAUCAUCAAUGAGGUGAAGCUCAAUGUGUCACCGGGGUCAAGUUUCAAUUGUUCUGAGCCUGGUUGGUUUAGGGUUUGCUUUGCUAACAUGGAUGAUGAGACUGUGGAGGUUGCAUUGAAAAGGAUUAGGGCUUUUGUUGGGAGAGAAACUAAUAAUGGGAAAAGGGUUGAACUGAAACGUUGGAAAAGCAUUAAUACUAAUAAGUUAAGGCUAAGCUUCAACUCUAGAAGGUUUGAUGAGAAUGUUAUGUCACCUCAUUCACCAAUGCCUCACUCACCCCUUGUUCGUGCCACUUAAUCAAUUAUUGGACCCUAUUUAAUUUGUUGUCAUGAACAUAAAAAAUUAUAUACCUUGUGUCAAGUGUAACUACAUUAAAAAAAAGCUUGAUAUAUGUAUGUAUCCAGCUAUCAUGUUGUUCUAAAUGUUUUUUACCCAUUUGUUUUAUGCUAGGAAGCUUUCUAAUGGGAUUAUAAUAUUAUUAGAGUAAAAUUAUGUAUGCUAAUUAUUGAAGUGUAUGUAUGUAUGUAUGUAUGUGUGUUGGCCUAUAUAUUCAUGGAGGCCUGGCCUGAUUCUUCUAUUGUC